UCCAGAGAACAGCCCAGCGAGUAAAGCCAGGCUUACCCCCAGCUGCAGCCACUAGGAGCCACUGACACCAAGCAGGGCGAGCUGCACAGUGCCGAGUGUACCAUGUCCCUGUGACACCUCCCAUGCCCUCUGUAUACCCGGCUCUGUACCCAGUGACCGUACACCUGGAGUGACACUGACUGACUGCCCGCAGGUUAACCUAGAGUGAAGGAACCCCCAGGAAAUCGCCAUGUUUGAUAAAACCAGAAUCCCCUUUGUGGUGUUGGAUAUUGUCUGUGUGAUAUUGGCUGGCUUGCCCUUGAUCGUUUUAAAGCUGAUCACAAAAAUACCAUAUCAGAGAGGUUUUUUCUGUAAUGACGACAGCAUCAAGUAUCCAUUCCAUGAGAGCACCGUCACCUCCACUGUACUCUACACAGUGGGUUUCACGCUACCCAUUUGCUCUAUACUGUUAGGAGAGGCCCUUUCUGUUUUUUAUAACCGUUUACAAUCCAAUGCCUUUGUCAGGAAUCAUUACGUGGCCACUAUUUACAAAGGUAUUGGGACUUUCAUCUUUGGUGCAGCCGUGAGUCAGUCGCUAACUGAUAUCGCAAAAUAUACGAUUGGUCGCCUGAGGCCACAUUUCCUGGAUGUAUGUAAAGUCAACUGGUCCAAGAUCAACUGCAGCCUGGGUUACAUCGAAAAUUUUGUUUGUGAAGGGGAUCAAGUCAAAUCAAAUGAAGCUCGGUUAUCCUUUUAUUCUGGCCACUCAUCCUUCUCCAUGUACUGCAUGGUGUUCCUGGCACUUUAUCUGCACUCCCGAAUGAGAGGAGAUUGGGCCAGGCUUCUCCGCCCCACAAUCCAGUUUGCUCUUGUUGCAGUCGCUAUCUAUGUUGGCCUUUCCAGAGUAUCUGACUACAAGCACCACUGGAGCGAUGUUCUGACCGGCCUUAUACAGGGGGCGAUUGUAGCUGUACUUAUUGUUGCAUAUGUCUCAGAUUUUUUUAAUGUCAGAAAGGGAAGUUUGAACGACAAGGAAGAAGACUCUCACACUACACUGCAUGAAACAUCCACAAAUGGGAACCACUGCGGAAGUAUUCUCCAGCCAUAAAAUCCACCGCACCACUUAAACCAUCCUGCUUUUAAAGAGAAAUACUCAAGAGUUUUAAUGCUCUACUAUAAAGCCUUUAAAAAUCCUUGAGUGCAUUAGGCACACCGUUGUGCCAGCUUCUUGCGCCGAGGUAUUUAACGGACUGCUGCUAUACGUGUUGGAUGUCCACUUUACCUGUAUAUAGUUAUAGAACACCCUUUAUGUAUAUGACAUAGCUUUAAGAUAAGUUUAAAUUGUUUGACAUUUAUCAAUUACACACAAUUAAAUGUGGUAUUCAAACUGUAAUUUUUUUUAUUAAAAUAGUGUGGUAACAUGUUAUGUACAAACAUUUGUGUAAUAUUGCUUUCCUGGAACGGAGCUUCUUAAGCAGAUUUAUACCACAGAAAAAUUAAAAAUGGUUUAUAGCAAACAUC